AUCCACACAUAUUCCGGCGACCUUCACGUUCAAUUCCACUCUGUGCUGGUAUGUUUUUAUUUUUUUUUUUCUUGAACUUUUUAAUUAGACUCCACGAAAAGAGAGAGAACAGAAAAGAAAAGACAGCUUUUGGAAGGCACUCGUCUCAUCCUCUGGCCAUCUCUCUCUUUCUCUCUCUCUGAAGCACAGGAGCAGAGCAAGCCACGCCUAUUCUCCCUCUCUCACACUCUCUGCAGGAUCGACCAGGGUAAACAAAUAGUAGUUGGAACUGCAGUUUCCUGGGGAAACGAAUAAGUGGGUUUCUGAAUUUGUUCUUUCUCCAAUUGGUUAGUGUUGGUGAUGAGAGAGAAAGAGAGAGAGAGGAGGGCGUUGGUGAGGUAAAUUAAGUAGGUGGAGUGGUGGGAAAUGGGAGAGGAGUUGUGGGUAAAUGCAGGAGGGGCGCCAACAGUGGCUCCACUUAUAAGCACAGAGAGGGAUGAUCAGGAGCAUUGGAGGCACUUCGAUAACUCCGUGAACGCUGUUUCUUUUGGGUUCGUGGCCACCGCGGUCCUCAUUUCCAUGUUCCUUGUUAUGGCCAUCUUCGAGCGGUUUCUCCGCCCCACUAGUACUUCAAUAACCCCCUCUGCCGCUCGCCGGAGCAGCCGCCCCCAUCUCCAAGGCUUCAACACCAAGCUCCAUUACCCAUCUCCAAAAACGGUGGUGUACGCAAGAGAAGUAUCUGUGUUGAUGCCUGGAGAAAAAAUUCCUACCUACAUUGCACACCCAGCUGCUCCUCCUGCACCCUGCCCUCGGGAAGGCAUCUCAUUGCCUCUCCACCAACCUCCUCCCGCUCCUCAUCAUCAUCAUCAUCAUCCAAGCCUCAAUCCCUCCUCCUCCUCCAGCUCUUUCUCAAGCUAAACUCUAACCUGACCUCAAAAGCUAAAGCAACUGACGGAUACACCAAGUUUCCUUUUUUUUUUUUUUUUUGAAACUUUCAUAACAAUAUCCCCAAUUUCAUGGGACGAUAAAGCUUGAGCAGUAUAUGUUUUGUAAGCCCAGAAUGUCCAGCACACAUCCCCUGUUGGUGAAACAGAGAUUGGGUUUUUCUUUGCAUUUCAAGACCGAUGAGGUGAACCCAAACUGGCCUUCAAAAAUGCAUGUUUCUUUUGUGCUCUUGCAAUUCUUGUUCAUUUACUACAAACCGAUUGGUAGUAAAGAUUUUAAAACUUGAAUUUAAUUUGUUUGAAUUUGAAUUGAA